GAAAGUCCUGGUUGUAACAGUGCAAAUAGUUUUACUAAGAUAGUUGUACGUUUAUACUUUUGCACUACACGUAAAUGGAAAAUAUUUUACCACAUUUUAUGUUUUGCAAGUUUAGCUUUAUUAGCGAUUUAUGUAUAAAUUAUAUUGGAGUGAAUUGUAUUGUAUACAUUGUAUAUAUUAUAUUACGAGCUGUUUACAAGCAAUUUUCAACUUUCUUUUUCUUUCUUUUAACUCCCUGAACGUGACAACGCAGCAGGAGACGAGCUUUCAUUGCUGAGUUUAAGUUGGAGCUUUGACACGUGUGGCGCUAGCUAGCCUACAAUGUGGCACGGCUGUCCGUGGGGUAGUGUCUACGGCGGGGCCGAUCCCGUACCGUUCUAUGCUAACGGCUAUGUGUUCGCCUUGGUGCCGGCGCCUCGGAUGCCCUUGCGUCACAACGCGCUGACUCUGAGUCCAAACCCAGGACUCAGGUGUCCGGACGAUGUGAUUAAAAAAAAGGUUUCUGUGUCAACAGAAGAGACCAGGAGGCUCCUCUUGGACAGGCGUUUGUUUGAUUUGGUGGAUGCUCAUCCUUAUCUUGAACUAACUGACCCCAAGUUGCUGGGCUGGUACCUUGGUUUGUCUGCAGAGGACAGGACGAUCAUCCAAGCUGACGGAGGACUUCAAAACUUUCUACUAAGACAUCCUGCCUUAGAACUGACUCCGCAUCACGUUUAUGUCAAGGCUAGAAGGGCUCAUAAAGCACCCAGAUCUAUUUUGCCAAGACAGAACCUGAGCACUAAUGGAAUGUCCCCUACAGUGCAAGAGUUGAACGUCUACAGCAAUAAUAUGUGGAAAAAUUCAGCUGUAUCAGACCCUACGAACAGACAGGAUGGGUCACAGAAACAGCCAUGUGAGGAUCCAGGAAUCCCAGGAAGCUUCUGUCUGGACACGGUGCUGGAGAGGUGCAGACCAAGCAGAAAGUCUGAGCACAGGAGCUUUAGGUUAGUGACCCAAGAUCAGACGCCCAACUUCAGCGAGGUCCAUCCAUCACAGUCUGAAUGGUCAACAAUUAAAAACACGUCUCUUACUGAGCUCUCCAGUUCUGACUAUCUCAGAACUACAGAAAAUGGCACAAAGAAAGAGAUUCAGGAUUGUCAGGUCUAUAAUGAGGGCACCAUUAACACAGCUAAUGUAGGCUCGAGUCAGGGGAGGGACAUUUGUACCAUAUUGGAUGAAGACAAGAGCAUCCUUGUUUGUGUUACCAGCGAUGAUCAGAAAACGUACUCGGGUACAGUCUCUCCAAAUGGUGAAACACUAGCACCCAGGAGUGAGCUCUUAGACGGCGGUCAGUCUCUCAACAACAGCUGCUCUGAGGAAAAAGGCCCUUUUCCGCUGCCUCGUGUUUCCUGUGACACAGAGUCUGCACAGUGUGUGUCAGCUUUCACCCAAACCAAUGAUCCAGUAUCAUCAGACAAGCAAAUCAAUACUGAAAUCUGCAUGGCAGAUGUGGACUACGUUGCUGUGGAAUUUCUCAGGCUCAAGAAAACUGAAGAGAAAGUGAAGAAUAAAUGUGACUGCAUGCAGCGCGCUCAACAAGCCGAGCUGUCUCUGCUGAGCCUGCAGUACCGCAUGUGCAGACAGCAUUGUUGGAGUCUCCACUGCGCCGCGGCUGGUGGAAACCAGGGCAGCGCUGAUGGGAAGCAACAUUGUCCAGUGGACCCUCCUGCAGACAUCAGUGCUGUUUUGAACAAACUGGAAUCUGACUAUAAUGAGCUAAGUGGUAGGAUCCUGGAAGGGGUUCCUCUAGAGCAACUGAAGCCUCUGUCAGUCAACUGUGGGAAGAUAACCCCAGCGCCUUACAUUCCUGCACAGGUCAUCGCCAGCAUGCAAGGAAGUGUUCCUCAACCGCCCCAGGAUCUGCAGAGGAACAGAACACCAACAAAUGACUCCCAGAGAGAAACCAAAGAGGUUACCCAGCAGAACAGCUCGGCCAAGAGAGCAGUCCCUGUCGUUCCUCAGGCGAGUGGAGCUCUGUGUGAUGCACAGACACUGGCAGACACUCAGACGGCGUCCACAACUCUGAUGACUGAGCUGACACGGUGCCAUCUGGACCUGGAGGCAGGAGAACUUGGGAGUCCGGGUGGAACUGAGGCCAUGUGCCAAGUUAUGAAGGAUCAGUCCUUUGGUGCCUGGAAUGUUGUGUUAACAUUAAUUUUGUUGCAUGUUGAAAUAGUUUGACAGCAGUUUAUUUCCAAGGCUUUUUUCAGUAACCUGUGUUCAUAUGAAAACAGUAUAUGAAUAUCUUGUUCUAAGGUUGUGUUUAAGGUUGCUCAUGUUGGAUGUGCAGGAAUUUGGUUGUCUGUUAAUAAAAAGUAUGUACAAAAACGCUUUGGUUAUUAUAAGCCACAAGAGCUUUGUUUGCCAAGAAAUAAAGAUGGAACUAGUAGUGAAGCUGAUUUGCACCUGAUAAAAGAAGUCACUGCGAUAAAGAUUGAAAUCUCUACAAUAAUAUUGGCACCAGAAUCAUGUUAACAGCAUUCAUUGUAUUGAGUGAUAAGAUGAUCUAUUUAGUGGGAGAGCUGGCAACAUAUCCUGCUUAUCUCAUUACCUGACCUGUAACAUACCGGUAAACAUGAAAU